AUGUUCAAGCGCCUCGUCACUAUCGCCCCUCGCGUUGGCUCUGUCGCAACUCGCAGCGCCUUCGCUCCUCUCUCCGGCCUCCAGUCCGCCCAACCCAUCAACCGUGCUACUCCCGCCCCAGCUGUGCAGCGCCGAGGAUACCACGAGAAGGUCCUUGACCACUACAACAACCCUCGCAAUGUCGGCUCCAUGCAGAAGGGCGACCAGGACGUGGGUACCGGUCUCGUCGGCGCGCCCGCCUGUGGCGAUGUCAUGAAGUUGCAGAUCCGUGUGAACAAGGACUCCGGCCGUAUCGACGAUGUCGUCUUCAAGACUUUCGGCUGUGGUAGUGCUAUCGCCUCGUCCAGUUAUCUGACUGAGUUGGUUCGCGGUAUGACCCUUGAUGAAGCUGGCAAGAUUAAGAACACCGAUGUGGCGAAGGAGCUGUGCCUUCCUCCCGUCAAGCUCCACUGCUCUAUGCUCGCUGAGGAUGCCAUCAAGUCCGCCAUUGCCAACUACUACACCAAGAACCCCAACACCCGCGUCACAGAUCUGUCCGGGACAGGCGGCUCCAUUCCCGACGUCAAGGUCGAUAUCGAGCAGACUGGUGGCAGCCCUGCGGCCGCUAUCUAA